AGGUGGCAGUUGGGUAGGUGAAGGUGGUAAGAACGGAAGGUGUGCUUCUCGUGGUCUCGUUCUCACUUAUAAAGGAACAAACAAACUCCAUCACUUCACUUCUAGAUUCUUCCUUCUCUCAUCUCUUCUCUCUACUACUCGCUAGGGGUGUCCUGAGAUCACAUUCAACAAUGGUUAAGGCUGUGGCAGUUCUUGGUAGCAGUGACACUGUGUCUGGGACUAUUAACUUCAGUCAGGAGGGAGACGGUCCAACCACUGUAACUGGAAAUCUUGCUGGUCUUAAGCCUGGUCUCCAUGGCUUCCAUAUUCAUGCCUUAGGGGACACCACAAAUGGCUGCAUAUCAACCGGACCACAUUUCAAUCCUAAUGGGAAAGAACAUGGUUCCCCUGAGGACCCGAUUCGACAUGCUGGCGAUUUAGGAAAUAUCAAUGUCGGUGAUGAUGGAACUGUAAGCUUCUCUAUUACUGACAAUCAGAUCCCUCUCACUGGACCAAACUCCAUCAUAGGAAGGGCUGUUGUUGUUCAUGCUGAUCCUGAUGAUCUUGGGAAAGGUGGUCACGAGCUUAGCAAAACUACUGGAAAUGCUGGCGGCAGAGUAGCUUGUGGUAUUAUUGGGUUGCAAGGAUAAACCACCACUCUCAACUCCGGGAUACUUGAAGUUGGAAAUGUGUGAUGAUAUAUGUUGAAGCUUUAGAAGAAUAAAAUGCAUGCAUCUCAUCACUUGCUUGUUUAGGUCUGAUCUGUACUGUUGAAUUGUGUGUUUUUCCUUGUAGCGAAAUUUGCAAUUGGUUCUUAAUUUAGUACUUUACCUGAAGUUCGUGGUUAUUGUCAUGCCUGUUUUCACUUUGCAUUGUGAUCUUAAGAAAACAUGAGGUUUUAAUGAUGACUUCAUCAUUGCUGUCAAUAACCUCAACUUAAAAAAAAAGAUAUAGAUAUCAUAACUGAAAGUUUGCAA